CCUAACACACAACCAAGCCCUUACGGGUACAAUUCUCACUAAAUCCAACUAAUUUUCAUUUUUGCCCAAAGAGUCACUCUUAACCAGGUAGUGGAAGUGUUAUUAAAACCUCUUUUAAACUUCUAAAGAAGGAAAGUAACUUCAUUUUUGUUGAUUCACAACUUCCCUUUAUGGCAACAAUGUGGGAAUAAACCACCAAACCACCAGAGAGGGUGAAACACCACCAGUGACCAGUAAAUGGACGCAUAAGUCGUCUAUGUAGCAAAUGGUUUUGAUUCAUAUGAUGUCCUGACAUGUAAAACCUCUAACUGAAAGAGAAGAGGGCUCCCGGCUUCUUUCAUGGUCUUUGUCCAUUGGAAAUGUUUAAUCAGAGGUUAAAGCCUCUCCGUGGCGUCCUGUUUGACAGAGCAGAGGUCAUUUCUGCUGUCCACCCCGGAGGUGAAGCCGCCUGAUUGUCUGGCUGACCGAGCAAAUACAGGCCCCGGUGGCGUCACAGCCGGGGGGGCAUAAAGCUCAGGCCGCUGCCGGCCGGCCGGGGUCUGCUGCUGGAGCCCAGCGUCCUUCAGUCGGUCAGAGCAGCCGUCACCGCCCGGUUUGAGGUUUCAUCGCCAUGGUCAGCGGCAGGAUGCUGCUGCUGGGAGCCUCCUGCUGGCUGCUGGUGGCUUUGGGCAGCGGCGAGGAGCAGAGAGAGGAGCGAUCCCUGGAGUACCAAGCCAUCAAGACACAACAGGAGGAGCUGAUCGAAGCGCUGCAGGAAGUUCUGGAAAAGCUGAGGAACAACCAGCUGCCGUCGUCGGAGAAGAAGCUCGGCUGGCUGCCACCCUGCGAUGCAGGUGAGCAGUGUGCGCUGCGCAAAGGUUCGAGGGUUGGGAAGCUGUGUGGAUGUCCCAGAGGGACGGUGUGCAACUUCACCCUCCUCCAGUGUCUGUAGAGCUCGGAUCCAACUGUCUCUGUGAUCCAACCCAGGAAAAAUAAAGUCUUUUUUAAACUCCC